AUGGCUACAACCAGGUAUGAAAUCGAGAAGUUUGAUGGAAAAACAGACUUUGAACUAUGGAAAGUGAAGAUCAAGGAAGUUUUGGGGCAGCAGAAGGCACUACUGGCCAUCACAAACCCUGCAAAAUACCCUGAAACACUCACAGCUGCAGAGAAAAAGACAAUAGAGAUUGUUGACCAGCCUACUGCUUAUGACCUCUGGAAAAAAUUGAAUGAGAUUUAUCUCAAUAAAGACCUGUAUAAUAAAGCUUUCUUGAGGGAAAGAUUUUUCACACACAAGAUGGAUGUUGCAAAGUCCCUCACUGAUAAUUUGAACGAGUUCAAGAGACUAUCAUUAAAAUUCAGAUCAAUAGGAGACAAUAUUGGAGAAGAAAAUGAGGCUUUUAUAUUACUUAACUCUCUACUAGAAUCAUUUAAAGAUGUUAAGACAGCCAUGAAGUACAGUGGAGAAAAAUCACUACAAAAGCAAUAA